AAAAUAGCAAUCCGACCAUACUUAGGUAUAGCUGCAGUCUCAGUUGAUUUCUUAUCACGGACAGUCAGAUAAACUAAAAAGAAAGGUACUUAAUUUUGAGAUAAAGUCAUAAGAGGAUCAUUCGCCCUCAUGUUGAUAACAGCAGCGGAGAAACUUGUUCAGAGAUUAAACGGGCAGCAUUCUGUGCUAUAGUGCAAGUUCCAUAAGACUACCUCAAUUAUUUCUGUGACACACUCUUAAGUUAAAAUCGGAAACGUGCCUACCCAUGUCUUAGUCUUGUCAUUUUCAAUACACCAUGUGACUAACAUUAAAGAAAUAUGUAGUAACUCGUAUUUUUUUCUUUGAUUGAAAUAUGAAACAAAAAUAAGAUGUUUUUGCUGCUGUGCGAUCAGUUACAAGUGAUGGAAAAAUUACAGAUAAUCUCAGUCAAUGCGUAUUUUUGUCACAGAGGCGGACACUGAUGUUGGUAAGACAACUAUCUGUAGCUGGCUUUGCCUUCAUUCUGGUUACUCAUACUUCAAACCUAUUCAAACAGGAAGUGUGCAAGGAACGGACAACAAUCAAGUGAGUAAUUUGACAAACACGCCAAUAUACAAAGAAGCUUUCAUGUUCAAAGAACCAUUAUCACCUCAUGUAGCUGCGAAUCUAGAGAACAGUGAUGUAGACAUUGGUCAAAUUGACUUGCGAAAGACGAAAAUAUAAUUAUAGAGGGUGCAGGAAGCAUCUUGGUGCCAAUUAACAAAAGUACAUUAGUGGUGGAUUUAAUCAAAUUACUUGGAUUUGCAACAAAAUUGGUUGCGAGAAGCACACUUGGUACCAUCAAUCACACUCUACUGUUUAGAGGCCCUUAGAAGAAGGGAUAUCCCUAUCUCGGGAGUAAUUCUUAAUGAACCAGAAAACAAAGAGAAUCUUCAGGUGAUAGAAUUUUACGGAGGAGUGAACGUGCUGGCAACAGUACCUCAAUUAAAGCAAGUUGAUGAAGAAAAAUUGUUGAAAAAGCCUUUGUCAAAUCACCGGCGAGAAAUACUUGCAAUGAAAAAAGAUGAAUCUAGCAGAGCGAGAUAGAAAAAUCCUGUGGCACCCAUUUACUCAAGAGAAAACAGCUCCAAUACCUAUUGCUGUCAAGAGAGCUGAGGGGCCAUAUAUUUAUGAUGUGGAUGAUAAGGCAUACUUAGAUUUAAUUUCUAGCUGGUGGGUGAAUUUGCACGGCCAUGCUCAUCCUAAAAUAGCAGGAGCAAUAUAUGAACAAAGCCUACGUUUAGAACAUGUAAUUUUUGCAGGAUUCACCCAUGAGCCAGCAGUGACGCUUUGUGAAAAAUUGAGAGCAUUGCUCCCACAAAAGUUGAGUAAAUUUUUCUUCUCCGAUAAUGGUUCUACAGCUGUUGAAGUAGCGUUAAAAAUGUCCUAUCAGUACUGGUGGAAUAAAGAUGAAAGAGACAAAACUGUUUUCCUCAGUUUUGAAGGGGCGUAUCAUGGAGACACAUUUGGAGCAAUGAGUGUAGGAGUCACGUCUGGAUUUCAUGACCCUUUCUCCAGAUUAUUCUUUUCUGUUCUUACGAUACCUUUUCCGGAAACUUGGAUUGGUGAUGACCAAGUGGAAAAGAAAGAAAUUCAUGCACUCCAGAUUUUAGAGCGUCACUUGCAAGCUGAUGCUCAUAAAAUUGCUGCACUGAUUUUGGAGCCAUUGGUUCAAGGGGCAAGUGGUAUGAGGAUGUGUCGUCCAGAAUUUGUUUCCAGAGCUGUUAAUCUUGCGCGCCAGUAUGGCAUUUUGAUUAUAUUUGAUGAAAUCAUGACAGGAUUCGGUCGUACAGGAUCCUAUUUUGCUUUGGAGCAGGUGAACUUUGUUCCUGAUUUUAUUUGUGUAUCCAAAGGGUUGACAGGAGGAUUCUUACCAUUAGCAAUUACCGCUACUACUGAUCGGAUCUAUGAUGCAUUUCUAAGUGAACAUUUUACUAAAGCGUUUGCUCAUGGCCACUCUUAUACUGCUAAUCCUCUAGGCUGUGCUGCAGGGAUUGCAUCUCUGGAAUUGUUGACGCAACCGGACAUAAUGGCUAAGUUGAACAGAAUUCACUUAACUCAUAAAAAAGAGCUGGAAAAACUUUCUGUAGCGUUUACUGAUAUUCAUCGUAUACGAGUCACCGGAACAAUUGCUGCCUUUGAUAUUCCUUAUGCUCAGUUGCUCAAGCCAAAAUUUUUAGAGAAAGGACUUUUACUCAGACCUUUGGGAAAUACGAUUUACUUCCUUCCGCCAUACUGUAUCAGUGAUUUAGAACUUGAAGGAGCUUACAAAACCGUAGCAGAAAUUAUCAAAUCUGUAGGAGAUAACUUUGGUCAAGGUGUGAAUUGAAGUAUGAUUAAUCUGGAAUGGGAAUAUUUACUUACUUCCUUGACCCUAGCCUGGAACCCAGAAGUUACCCUGAGCUUUUUUAGUUCGAUUGUUGUUUGGGAGUAACUGCGUACAUGCGUGGAUGUAAGUUGAAUGAAUGUUCAUUUUACUGGUUGCACUUAUACUUGGCAUUUUUUUAUUGUACUUUUUAAGUGCUAAAAAAAUAUUUAACAUUUUCAACGAGUCGCAAAGUUAGAGAUACAGAGUGAAUUUGAACACAUGUAUUUAUUUGCUAUCUUCUCUCUGCUUCUCUGCUUGUUUAUCUUCUCUGUCUGUCAUUCUUGUAUCACAAUUGAAUCAAUAUAAGAUUUUUUUUUAUAAUA